AAUGUUUUUCUGUGAUGUUUCAAUAUGCAGUAUUAUAGUUCAUUUUUUGCGAUAGGAUAUAUGAAUCGUUAUAUAAGAUGUAUUAAAUUUACUUUAGUAUAGUGUACCGACCUACUUUAAUUUUCACUCGCAUUGUAGGUACACAUUUUGGUGCUUUUAAUUUAAAAUUAUGAUCGUACCUAAUAGGCAGUCCAUGACCAACAUCGAAAAAUCGAUAAGCAAAUUGGAAAACCACUUAACGUCAUGAAAUGAGAGCAGUAGGUCUUUUCGUUUUUCUAUAUACUUUUAAACUAGUAAUAGGGAAACAGGAAGGUUUCAUUGUCGGGGGUGAUUAUGUUCACACUAUAGCCAAGUUCCCUCAUGUUGCUUUUUUAACUUUGUACAAGGUAGAUUCAUACGAUGAAUAUAUAUGUGGGUCAUCCAUAUUAAACCAAUGGAUUUUGAUAACCGCCGCUCACUGCUUGGAUGACGUUACGAAAGCUUCAGCAUUUGUGGGUAACGUGAAUAGGCAGAUUGGAAAGCUCCACCGUAUCGCGAGUUACAAGCAACACGAAAAAUGGGAUACAUACAAAGUCAAUCACGACAUAGCUCUGUGUAGGCUAAAGGAAAUGCUUAGAUUAGGACAUACGGUGAAAAGAGUGCUGAUGGUGAAGAGCCCCCCGAAGACCGGGGUAGCAGACUUGGCGGGAUGGGGCGCAACCGAAGAAAAUGAUUAUACAGACACUAUUCAGCUGAAACACACAAGACAGAAGUUGUGGAAUAAUAAUCAGUGCAGAAAAGUCUUUAGCCGUGUACCCGAAGGAACUAUCUGUGGUGGCGAAACUCGCGCAAGAGGAAAUUACGCUUCAAAAGGAGACUCAGGCAGCGGGCUCCUAGUAGACAACAAAAUAAUCGUCGGGCUAGUCUCCUUCAAAGACCCCUCAGUCUCACGCAGUCUGGUGAUCUACACAGAUGUUCCAUACUUCUAUAAUUGGGUUAUGCACUCGGCAAGACAACUAAGAUGCUAUUGAAAUUUAAAAAAAAAUUAUGUAGUUUAACUUUGAUAUUUGUCACCAUCAUCACCUCACAUCUAUAGGGAAGAAAGCAAAGAAUACCAUAGACCUCUAAGAAGAUAAGAAGAUGACUUCAAAGCUAUUGCUGAUCAGGAUCAUGAUAAGGAACUUUGAAGAUACUUGGGGAAGGCCUAGGCUGGAAGGCAAGACAACCUCACGUCUUGACUUAAGGAAAAUUGCGCUUUAAAAGUGAGAUUCGGAUGCAACUUCAGCAGCAUUAUUGUUACAAAGAUACUGCUACAGCGUUGAUGCGGGCAAUGUCAUUGACAUCUUGAAAAAAUUGCAAUGAUUUAAUUGUCACAUUACUGCCAUGAUUAGAACGAUCAAUCGGUUAGUCGUUUACCACAUUGCCCAAGUACGUACCCCAUCGCCAAAGUACGUACUCCAUCUCCCAAGUACGUAGUCCAUCGCCCAAGUACUUACCCCAUCGCCAAAGUACUUACUCCAUCGCCCAAGUACGUACUCCAUCGCCCAAGUACUUACCCCAUUGCUCAAUUACGUACUCCAUUGUCCAAGUACGUACCCCAUGGCCCAAGUAUGUAACCCGUUGCCAAAUUGCCCACGUUAACGCUGUAGCAGUAACUUUACAACCGUAAUGCUGCUGCGAUUGCCAUGCGAAUACCACACAAAAUUGCUUCCACAGACAUUUAUUGUUUAUCAGUUAUCUAUUUACUCAUAAAUAAAGAACCACAUUAGUUAAUAUUUA